CCGCCUGUGAGUUGUUGGAGAAGAGUCAAUGUCUUUGGUACAGUACGACUCCUCGUCUGAAGAGGAAAAUGAUGUGGAGACAGUGCCCAGUGUUGUCAACACACCUCAGGUGGCUGAUGACAAGGCUUCAAUAUCAAGUUUCCUCCCUCCACCAAAGAAUCGCAUAGCUCACAACAUUGCAAAGCCAAAGGGUAGGAUAUUAGGGGCAGGAUCUAGGAACCCGAUGAGCAGGCAAAUACCACAGUCCUUGGAAAACGUCGAGCUUGUACGAAGUAACGCAAGCGUUACCUCUUUCGUUCCUCAUUCUGUGCGGUCAAAGAGUCAAACCCAGCCCACCACCACUAUGGCUAAACAACAACCGAGUCGACUGUUUCAGGAGGUCAAGACAAAGAGAAAGCAAUUCACUGGCUCGGAAAUGAAAGUGGAUGUUAAUCCAAUUGUCCCAAUGGAGGAGGAACAUGUCGACGACCACAGCCACCUCAGAACGGAAGGCAACAGUAACAAGAGACCACUUGAACCUGAUCUUCCUGCAAUGAAAGAGUUCAACGUGGACACCUUCUACGAGACAAAUAUCGAGCUGAAAGAAAAGGGGCUGCUGGAGGAAAACAAGAGACUACACGCAGUGACAAACCAUAAGAAUCAACUCUCAUCUCUGAUCAAUAACGCUAAGCAGGACAAAGAACUGUUGGAAGAACAGUUCGAAAGGAACAAAAAGGCCAGAAGGGAGAGAAGCAACAAGUAUGGAUGGUGAAUGCCAUAAUAAACUACUCAAUAUGCCCUAUAUACACCGUAUAAAGAUACCCAUUGGAC